UGCAAAAUAAAGGACACAAGGUCACGCUCGGCUCUCCACCACUGCUUUCAUUUCAGACAGACCACAGUCCCCCUGAAACAUUCUGGAAGUGUCGGUCUGGAUUCCUUGGAGGUAUGGUUUCUGCCCCUUUUCCUGUAUUCAACUGUUGGUUGUCGAUUCAUUACUUUCAAAAAGGUUGUUGUUCGUUUUGCUGCUGCCAGCCAUUUUUCUUGAGCUUCUGUUGUGUUGAGAGCAAAGUGCACAAGCUCAGGCUCUCCCCAACUGUUUUCAUUUCAGACAGGCCACAGUCCCUCUGAAGCAUUCUGCAAACUUUUCAGGAUCUGAAUAUUUGUCGAUCUUGAUUCCUUCGAGGUAUGUUUCUGUCCGUUUUCCUGUAUUGAAUUGUUGGUUGUCAAUUCAUUACUUUCAAAAAUGUUGUGGUCCGUUUGCUUCUGCCAGCCAUUCUCUUAUCGUGGUGCUAACUAAUAAAUGUGUUUCUUGAAUUAACUUGGUUUCUGGAAUUCCAAUGCUUAAAAAUAUGAAUCAUAUGAUUGCGAUCUGUCUUCGAAAACCAAAAUGGGGAAUGGAUUCAAAGUUUUCAUUGUUCCUUGGAAAUUGGAUACGUUCUGACUCUCAACCAUUUUUCAUUCUUGCAGGGCUGUGGGGAAGAUGGCUUCUUGGGAGCUGCUGGUUUGGUAUUGUAAACCAGUGGCCAAUAGAGUAUCUGCAAAAGAACUAGACACCACGUUUGGAGCAUACACCCCUUGUGCCAUUGACUCUCUGGUGAUUUGUUUAUCUUAUUCGGUGCUCUGUGGGCUGUGCUUCUACCGGAUGUGGUUGAUUAAGGAUCCGAAAGCUGAAAAGUACCGUCUAAGGACAAAUUACUACAACUACAUACUAGGAUUGUUUGCUGCUUAUUGCACAGCUGAGCCUAUAUUCAGGCUGCUAAUGGAUAUUUCAUUCUUUGACCUGGAGGGCGAGACUGGUGUUGCUCCCUUUGAGAUGGCUUCUUUGGUCAUUGAGGCCCUCUGCUGGUGCUCCAUGCUCAUUAUGAUUAGCUUGGAAAUCAAAAUAUAUGUCCAGAAGUUCCGAUGGUAUGUGAGAUUUGGAGUCAUUUAUGUGUUGAUAGCGGAAUGCGUAUUGCUAAAUUUCAUCCUGCCAGUGAGUGAUAAAGCCACCAGAUUGCCCUUCUACAUGUGUGUGGGCACGUUUAUAUGCAAGGUUUUAUUCGGAAUUCUUCUUUUGUUUCAUGUGCCCACCUUGGAUCCAUUCCCUGGUUAUGCUAUGUUGGAACCUGAGUCCAAUGGCAAUGGUAUAUAUUUUGGAUGGAUGACCUCACUUAUGCGGCAAGGCUACCAGAAACCCAUCACUGAAAAGGAUGUCUGGAAAUUAGACGCAUGGGAUCAGACUGAAACACUGAUUAAUAAAUUCCAGAAAUGCUGGAUUGAAGAAUCUGAAAAGAAAAACCCAUGGCUGUUAAGAGCUCUAAAUAAUAGCGUUGGAGCUUUGGCUGGGAGGACUAUUUAAGGUAAUAGAGCUCAUCCCACACUUAUUUUCCUGAAUAUUGGAUGCUGCCAAUUUUGUUUAUGUUCUCUAGAAUUUGCAUGAGCAUGAUGUUUCUGAACCAAGUCUGGCUGCUCCUUUCCACAUUUGCCUUGAUAGCCAUCAUCAGCACUCUGUCUUUGUGGGCUGUAAUGCCAUCUUUCAUCUUGUUUUAUUCUGCCUAUCUAUACUAUCAGGCAAGCUCUACUUCCUUCAAAUGUCUGUAUGUUUUCAUUGAAUUAUAUGAUCUAGGUUUCUAGGGGAUGGUUAUGGUAUUCCGAUUUGAAAUAUUAUUUUGAUGUAUUUGAGAUGGGAUAUGCAGUUUCAAACAAACUCAAAUAUGUCAAAGAAAAACGAUAUAUUUUU